UGGUUUUACAGCAAAUAAUCCAUCAUCAUAGUCAACAUAGCCAACACGACAGAUCAUCUGCUAUUCCCGAAUUCACUAUCAAAUCAUUUUUAUGGCAGCUGCUUAAUGGAGUAGCAUAUCUUCAUGCUAAUUGGGUUUUACACAGGGAUCUAAAGCCGGCAAAUAUUUUAGUUACGGCUGAUGGUGUAGUGAAAAUUGGUGACUUAGGGCUGGCAAGAAUUUAUCAACUCCCCUUACAGCCUUUGUUCAAUGGUGAUAAGGUAGUUGUGACAAUUUGGUAUCGAGCUCCUGAACUUUUGCUUGGGUCCAGACAUUAUACAAAAGCGAUAGAUAUUUGGGCUGUUGGAUGUAUUUUUGCUGAGUUAUUGACUUUAAGACCAAUCUUUAAAGGAGAAGAAGCAAAAAUGGAUAAUAAAAAGAGCGUUCCAUUUCAAAAAAACCAAUUGACAAAGAUUUUUGAAAUAUUGGGGAAACCAACAAAGGAGCAAUGGUUUGAUAUUGAAAAACAACCAGAAUAUUCUCAGCUAGCUUCUUUUCGAGCAUAUCCAAAUAGACUACGAGAGUUUUACCAAAAUCAUUGUUCAUCAAAGUCUGAACAAGG